GUCAUCAACCUCCUUGAGAAUUUCCUUUCAUCGGGUUUCUGUUCUCUUGGGGCCUACAAGAUGCAUGGAAAGCUCGAUCUUACAUGUUGUGGCCUACCCGGAUCUCAGUCCCGCUUCUGUCAAAAACCGCUGAUUCGUCCAUUGCGAAUCAAUCUGUCCCUUCCGGGAACUGUGUCGUCUAUAAAUAGAUCUUUCAUGGCUAUUUCAAACAAUGCACUGUUUUUGAUCUCUUCACUUUUGUUGGCUGCUUCAGUGCAGGCUGCUCCUGUCAGACGAGACUUGGGAAACGAUAUCUCGCGAAUCAUGCAAGACGUCCAGAACGUUGCGAAUGAUGCGGCUUCAGUAGCUGCGAGUGUAAUUGCAGAAUUGCCUCCCCCAUUGGCCUCACCGGCUUCUUCCUUAUUGAACGAAGUGACCGCCGGCGCAGCAGCAGGGUUCGCAGAAGUGACAAGCAUCCUAGGCGAAAUCGUCACACUACCGCCGCCUACCUCCACUGUCAUCGGUUCCCAAUUCUCUACGAACAGCUUCCCGACCUCGAGUACCUCGACUGGGCGUUCUUUCCCGUCCGGUCUCCUCGCCGGACCAAACCCGGUUUUGAAUGGUUCGCCGACGGUCAAUCAUCCUCCUUUGUUAAACGGACCAAGACCUGCUGUACUGAACCCGCAGCAGCAGAUAGCUUCACCAGAAUCGACUUCGGCGGCGUUCGAAAUUCCUGGAAGACCACUCCAGGUCGUCAGCCUUGGAAAUAUAUUCACUUCUGUCCCAACGCAAUCACCAGCUUUCGCCCUCCCCGGACGACCUCUUCAGGUUGCCGCCUUCAGCUUUGAUCCAUUGAACUCUCUGAAUCUAGGGCCAACGCGAACGGUGGAUGGGUCUGUGUCUUCUGCAACAAGGACUUUCACUCCGAGUGACUUGGCAGCUUUAUUAAACGAACUGUUGCCUGGAGCUGGAUCAUCAGGAUCAGGGUCUAGCGCAUCAGUUAGCGUCUCCUUUGGAGCAACAAGCCCAUCUCUCAUUUCCAACUCCGGCGCAGCUGCGGUCUUUGGUUCGAUUUCGUUGCAAUCGGUGCCUGCAUCGAGUACACCUGUUUCGAGUCAGCUGUUGUCGAGUUCUGCGACUGCUUCUGGUUCGGCGUCGAUUUCAAGCAGCAGCGCUUCAGCUUCGACAAGUACGAGCAUUGCUACUCCAGUCAUCGGUGGUAUCAGUAUGACCACUAUUCCUGCGCCUGCAGUUACGCUCCCUGGGCAACCGCUCACUUCAAUUGCCACCUCUGCGUCUGCAACCGGAAGCGUUUAUCCUAACGUUCCAUCGAAGCGAGGACUUGGUUCCUUGAUUGGCAUCGUAGGGAGUGAACUCGGCCCUCUGAUUCAAGACGCCGAUAACUUGGGCAACAAAGUUGCGUCGAUCGGGAACAAGCUCAUUGCAGCACUACCCAGUGACAUUCAAGCACCCGCCUCUUCCUUCUUUGCUGAGGCUACGUCCGAAGUCGGCAAGGGUUUCAGCUUUGUCACCAGUAUCGCUGGACCUAUCGUAGCAGCAUCGCCUACGUCAACUUCCUCCAGCUCAUCUGCCUCAGUGACCUCGAGUUCCAGUUCAGCAACUGUUGCUGCACAAAACGCUGCAGCUCAGCCCACCCAGAGCUCGUCAGCCUCUCGUUCGUUGUUGCUUAGUGGUCUGACCAUAUUUGGAAGCUUGAUCGUUAGUGUUUGUGUCGCCCUUUGAUCUGCGGAGUGUAGUUGGGCUUUCGGAGGGCCAAUGAACCUUGUAUACGAAGUAUCACACCAUGACCCUUAUGACCUGAGUCUUAGCUGUAGAUGUAUCGCUUCUUACAUGUAGCUCUUAGGAGAGAUAAUGACAUCGUGUAGCAGUUCCUGAGCUUCCCUUCCGAACCACCCCAGAAGCACUCAGUAACUCAAUACAAAAAGUUGGAAGAGAAUAUAGGCAUGUGGACUAAUUCGUAAAAUGACGAGGCCCAGAUUGAUAAAACCCAAGAAUUCUUUCGAUUUCUUGAGCAUG